AUGCCGUCGUCCACGACGACCAAACGGUUGACGGAUGCUCAGCGCACCGACGUCUACAUUCGUAUGUCGCUGCUCAAGGCCGACGGCCGCAUCAAGCAUGGCAAGCUCAAGAAGGUCUGCGAUGAGUUCAAGGUCACCAAGGGAGCACUGGCCAAGAUUUGGGAAGCGCGCCUGCGAGACAUGGGAGGUGCCCCAGCCUUCCAGCACUCGACGUUGUGCUCUCUUACCAAGGCCACAGGCAUCCCACUGACAUCGCUCUGGCGGCUUCUGCAGACCAGGGUCAUGAAGAGGUGCACGAGCAGGCUCAAGCCCAUGUUGAUGGAGAAGCACAAGAACGACCGAAUGAUGUUCGUGAAGAGCUAUCUGCGGACAACCACGUCUGGAAAACACGUCUGGCACGACAUGCUUGACACGGUCCAUAUCGAUGAAAAAUGGUUCUACGUGUCCAAACUCAACCGGCGUUACUACCUGUGGAGCGAUGAAGACGUACCCAUACGGAGGUGUUAG